AUGACAUCCUGCAAGAAGGUCGAAUACUGCAAUUUUGCAUACCUGAUCAUGGACGAAGGUCACAAAUACACCUAUGUCGCCUGCGGUGCCGUCGUUGCAAGAUACCUAGCACAUCACCCCAAAAGUCCCGGCAUUGACAAAAGCCGUUUCACAAACGACAUCGACAACACCACUUCAUCGGGAAGCGCCACAGAAGCCACUGCCGAGGUCUCUGAUGGCGAUCGAUCUGAAUCGAGGAGUGACAUGAGCGCGAUAUUCGGUGGUGCCACUGGGGGCCUGGCUGUGGUUUGCGGAACUGCUGUUGCGGUUAUAUAUCUCCUCCGAGAGAGUCGUGCACAGAAGCCGGAGGCGACACCAGAAAAAGGACAGGGGAUGAUCGAAGUAUCGGGUCAGACAGAAACGGACAAUGGACCCAAGGAGUUGGUUGGAUUGAAGGCCUCGGAUGUCCCAGCGAACCUUCAACCAGACAAGUUGCAUGGAACACUCGCUCCUCGUCGGCCUGAUCCUGUGAAAUCACCGUAUGACGACGAGUGA